CAAAGUAUCUUCAAAAGGUAUAAUAAUAUUACUGUUAAGUUAAUAGUAUUAACUAUCAACAUCAAGAGCAAAACGGCAGGGCCUACUAGUUACUAAAUAUGUAAAUAUAGACAAUAGUACUGCGGUGUUUUUUUAUUAACGCGUUGUGACUUGUGAGGUACUCGUUUGAGAAUUGAACAUCGAUAUUUUUAAAACCUGGAAAUUUAUUAUGUACGGAUGUAAAGCCUACUUAAAUUAUUAUCAAUUAUGAUCUGCACGGUACUCUUGAAAACUCUGGUAGUUAAACGUGACAAACAGUAUUAAUACCUACGUUAUUCUAUGAUAUAUAUAACGUCGUUAGUUUUAAGGAAGUUGACGUUAAAUCGUUUUGAGUUGUAAGUAACGAAAAUCCACAAUGAGCGAUUCGUCGAAUAGUUCAGAGUCCAGGACUAAGCGAAGGAUACAAGAAGCUAAAAAUAAAGCGAGACCCGAAUUGAGCGAUAAAGACGCAUGGCACACUUUCAAGUAUGCAGACAAUUUUAAACCGUUUACCAUAGUGAACGAUAAUGUUGAACGUAUAAACGUGGAAAAUGUUAGCCCCGACGUGUUUGUUGAGAAAUAUGAACGACCGUACAAACCAGUCGUAGUUAGAGGACUUCAAAACAGUUGGAGAGCAACUCAUAAAUGGACAUUAGAGAGACUAGGCAAAAAAUACCGUAACCAAAGGUUUAAAUGCGGAGAGGAUAAUCAAGGGUACAGCGUCAAAAUGAAAAUGAAGUAUUUCGUUCAUUAUAUGAACAAUAACAAGGACGAUAGUCCAUUGUAUAUAUUUGAUAGUAGCUUUGGUGAUCACCACCGAAGAAAAAAAUUAUUAGAAGAUUACGAUGUACCUAUUUACUUUCAAGAUGACCUAUUCAAGUAUGCUGGCGAAAAGAAGAGACCUCCUUAUCGUUGGUUUGUUAUGGGCCCGUCUCGAUCUGGAACGGGUGUUCAUAUAGAUCCUUUGGGGACGAGUGCAUGGAAUUCACUAAUUAGUGGACAUAAAAGGUGGUGUUUAUUUCCUACUCAUACGCCAAAAGAAUUACUUAAAGUUACUUCCGCAGAAGGCGGUAAACAACGUGAUGAAGCUAUCACUUGGUUUAAAAUUAUAUAUCCUCGCACGCAACUCCCGACUUGGCCAAAAGACUGUGCACCAAUAGAAAUACUACAAUGUCCCGGGGAAACAGUUUAUGUACCUGGAGGAUGGUGGCAUGUGGUACUUAACUUAGACACCACCAUUGCGGUAACCCAAAAUUUUUGUAGUCGUACUAAUUUUCCAGUAGUUUGGCAUAAAACAGUACGAGGAAGGCCUAAAUUGUCCCGCAAAUGGUACAGGGUAUUAAAAAACAAAGAACCCGAGCUUGCAGCUGUGGCCGAUGCUGUUGAUUUAAAAAACCACACUGGCCUCGCUUCGGAUAGCUCUAGCUGUUCAAGUAGCUCGAGUAGUUCUAGCAGUUCUAGCGAGGGUAAUUCCAGCGAGGAAGACAGUGGACAAGAAUCUCUACAUGCACAUAAAAAAAGAUGCAAGAUAUCUUCUCCGAAUUGAAAUCCUAUGGGUAACUUAUUAGAAAUUCAAUUUUAAGGAAGUACAAUAAAGAAUUUAUGAUUCAAUAAUUGGGUCUUCGUUUGUAAAUAAAAGUGGAAAAUACUUUAUUUUAUUAA